UUGAGGUUUGGAGAUAAGCAGCAUCGUUCAGUAUGAAGUCCUCACAGAGUCCAGCAUUCAAGCGCUUUUUGUCCGACUUUACGCUCGGCUUCUCAGAUGGACUUACAGUGCCGUUUGCCUUGACCGCUGGGCUCAGCUCGCUUGGGAAGACGGAUACUGUCAUUACUGGCGGAUUAGCAGAGUUAUGCGCGGGCAGCAUCAGUAUGGGGAUUGGAGGAUAUCUGGCAGCACGAGACGAAUGUGCACCUUGUCAAACAAAGUCCAAGGAUUUAGAGGACUCACGAGAGAGCUGUGAGAGGAAUAGCGAAAGUGACUACAUGGUCGAACAAUCCGAGAAGAUGCAGAUGCAAGCGGAGGAGCUGGUGCGACAACAUCUCGAGCCUUUGGAUCUCCCGAGUUCAACAGUCACGACAAUCCUCAACACCAUUCAACAAGAACCAUCAGAUCUCCAACGCGUGGUGUCACGCUUAAACACGUUAAAAGACGACAUAUCGCCCUCACAACCAACGCCUCAAUCGCCAAUUAUUUCUGGCCUCUCGAUAUCACUAGGCUACACCAUCGGCGGCAUCAUUCCCUUAUUUCCCUACUUCUUCACCAGCACAGUAGGCCUCGGUCUUCAAUGGAGCUCAUGUCUCUGUCUGUUGGUAUUAUUUGCCUUUGGAGCUGGGAAGAGCUACAUCCUACAAACGGGAGACGUGUCAGUGCGUUCGUGGAUGAUCGAAGGGCUGCAGAUGUUGGUCCUGGGUGCUUUGGCUGCAAUCGCGGCUGUAGCGUGCGUCACGUGGGUCGGAGCAAAUUGAUGGAUGCCUGGUUAUUGAGAGUUCAGGCAGAAACGUGACUACAGAGGUGGACGAAUGAGGGACUGAGCAUUCGAGUUGAACUUUGGAAACGAUGACGUUGAAAAGUCACAAAGGCAAUUUUAGUAUUAGGUGGUGAAAAUGUGGCAACCAAUAGCAAUUAAAUGACUUGUGUUACUUCCAAAA